GCCCCGUCGCUCCUGCGCCUGCGCCGUGCGCACCGACCGGCCUCGAGCGCCCCGGCGGGAGGUUUUUCUAUAUGAGUGGAGAAGACAGCUGUUACCAGGGAGGUCAUACAGCAUUUUUUUAGGAUGUCUGAAGAUGAAGAAAAAGUGAAAUUACGCCGUCUUGAACCAGCUAUCCAGAAAUUCAUUAAGAUAGUAAUCCCAACAGACCUGGAAAGGUUAAGAAAGCACCAGAUAAAUAUUGAGAAGUAUCAAAGGUGCAGAAUCUGGGACAAGUUGCAUGAAGAGCAUAUCAAUGCAGGACGUACAGUUCAGCAACUCCGAUCCAAUAUCCGAGAAAUUGAGAAACUUUGUUUGAAAGUCCGAAAGGAUGACCUAGUACUUCUGAAGAGAAUGAUAGAUCCUGUUAAAGAAGAAGCAUCAGCAGCAACAGCAGAAUUUCUCCAACUCCAUUUGGAAUCUGUAGAAGAACUUAAGAAGCAAUUUAAUGAUGAAGAAACUUUGCUACAGCCUCCUUUGACCAGAUCCAUGACUGUUGGUGGAGCAUUUCAUACUACUGAAGCUGAAGCUAGUUCUCAGAGUUUGACUCAGAUAUAUGCCUUACCUGAAAUUCCUCAAGAUCAAAAUGCUGCAGAAUCGUGGGAAACCUUAGAAGCGGACUUAAUUGAACUUAGCCAACUGGUCACUGACUUCUCUCUCCUAGUGAAUUCUCAGCAGGAGAAGAUUGACAGCAUUGCAGACCAUGUCAACAGUGCUGCUGUGAAUGUUGAAGAGGGAACCAAAAACUUGGGGAAGGCUGCAAAAUACAAGCUGGCAGCUCUGCCUGUGGCAGGUGCACUCAUCGGAGGAAUGGUAGGGGGUCCUAUUGGCCUCCUUGCAGGCUUCAAAGUGGCAGGAAUUGCAGCUGCACUUGGUGGUGGGGUGUUGGGCUUCACAGGUGGAAAACUGAUACAAAGAAAGAAACAGAAAAUGAUGGAGAAGCUCACUUCCAGCUGUCCAGAUCUUCCCAGCCAAACUGACAAGAAAUGCAGUUAAAAACCAAACUUCAGUAUUAUUGGUGCCAACAUGUCUAUCCUAAUGAGGACCUUUGCUGCUGUUGGACACUCCGUCACCUUUUGUAACACGAGUAUGUCAAGAUAGUGGCUACUGAUGUUCAAGUGGGAUUGAAGUGUGAUGAAUGGAUAUAUUUUGUUGUUUGCUGGGAUGUUCAUGGAGAUGUUAGAGAUUGAGGCCCUGGGCGGAGGGUGUAUAAUGUAUGUCAGGUAAAGUUUGAAGACUGCCAAGGAGCAGAUUUUCUCCCUGGAAAUGUGAAAACUGAACCUGUGACUCUGAUAAGGACUUGAGAUGUGUAGAAACGUUGGGUUAUGGAAGACUAGUUUCUUCCAUAACCCUGAAUUGGAGACCUUAAGGCUAAGUGUAGAUUACUGAGGUUUGUUAGCAAGGAAAAGAAUAAGAGUUCAGAAGCCUUUGUUAUCAGAUAGCGAAAUCAGGGCCUAGUGAGGAGCACAGGUGGACUACAUAAUGGAGUCCAUUGGCGAACCCUAUUGCAGUUUGGUCCAACUAUAUUUUCUGGUGAAGGAAAUUAAUGAUGUAAGGAAAUUAAAGAGGCUCAACUUCUCUUCCAAAAAUCUUCUGGCUUCUGAACUCUUCCUCUGCCUCUCUUUAAAUAAAUAACACAGAAUUUCAAGUGGUAGGAGACUUAUUAAGCCAGUCACCAAUCUUGGUCUGUCAGCCUGUCUCCUAACACCUCAAAGAUCUUGUGCCCUGUGCCGUCCCUCACUUGUAAUUAUGAAAAGUUCUUUGGUUUCUGGGGUGAAUUCUACCCAUGUAUAAUGAGGAAUUCUCUCAUAAACUUUUUUGUCUUGUCUGUCAUCUCUGUUCAUCCCUUCCUGUAACCUCUAGGUAAAAAGAAAAAGAAAUUUCCAGAUAUUUUCAACAUUGUUAGAGUUUGGGCUAAAAUGAGCAAGGAGAAAAAAACCACCAAGAACAUUUCCUGGGGCAUGUUCCAGUUUUGAGGGGUGAUAUAUCUGCCAGAUAGGGGGUAUCUGACCCAGUCUUCUUUUCAGCUGGUCUCUGGGGGGAGCUGAGAACUCACUUGCUACCUCACUUCUGUUACUACCAUCCUUUUCCCCAGACUUUUUAUCUCCUAUGCAUCCCUUUGCUUUCUAUAGCUGGUGUUUCUUCCCCAAAAUGGCGUUCCCAUGCUUACCUUUCUCACAUUCUAGACAAUGAUGGACAAAGACCCACGCAAGACUCAGACCCAGGGAAGGGUGUGGUGCUAAUCUCAACACCUGACAUUCACAGCAAGCAUGGUCCAGGCCAACUGCAUGUCUGUCUCAAACUGCAGAAAGGCUUUAAAUUUGGAAAAAAAGAAUUUAAGAUUACAGGCAGCUCCCCUCUCUACCCCAACUCAUUUAAAAUAGGAGGAAUCACCUUUUGCCUUACUUACGCUUUUUUCUGAGCACAGGGAUGGGUACCUGCACCCCAGAAGGUGUGAGCUGUCUCUCUGCCAGGAGCUAAGGUUCAUUAGGGGAUUGGAUGGUUUAUCACUUCUUUCUUUCUGAGUUUACCUUUAGUAACUUUUAUUGAUGGCUACCUUUCAUAUCCCUGUCUAAAGAGACUUUCUCUUUGAUACUUUUUGAAUCUCAUCAAUGAAAUCCAGUGAAACAGCACCAUUUCUUAGUAUCAUUAAAUAACUAGAAAGUAUCAAGUAUUGCUCUCUGCUGCUUUAUAUCAUUAACAUAUUAAUAAUACCAAGAAGGAAAUACUUUGAAUAAGUGUCAGAUUCUGAUCCAGUAUUGGACACCUGUGAUAUUGGACACCUGUGAGGCUGGGAUAAUUACUUUUGAAUUACACCUCUUCUCUAGUUUCUGGACCUUGCUCUGUCCCUUUAACACAGGGUGGUCAAACCUGAAUGAGGAUCAGAACUCACCCAGGCACUUACUAAAGCAAGAUUCCUAAACCUCAGUUCCAGGGGUAACUCUGACAUCACCAGUUCAGCAUAGUCAGCUGAAAUUACAGAUCUAAGAUACAGUUACAUCAAGAUUCUGCUGUGUCAUUUAAUUCUGAAACUCCCAGUAUUCUACCGUUCUUCAUCACUGCAUAUUACCCCACUCUUCCAUCCCAAAUUGGCUAUCCUUUCAGCCCACCAACUUAGCGGCAGCACUAGGAAUUCAUUGUAAGGUAAGUCUGAUUUACAUAAAGACCUGAAGGAGGCCUAUAUUUGAAGCUCACACUUUGUAUUGGUAUCUCUCAUUUUUACUGAGCCAGUGUGGAAUACCACUGUAUGUACUCAUAUAAGCCCUUGACUUUUACUGCUUAUCAGGAUUGGAAUAUUACUCUAGCAGUCUUCACACAUAGGCAAGUUAUAGUCCUUUUAAAAAGUAUCUCAUUUCCCUAUAAUGGAACCUAAUAGCCAACUUUUUCAUAGAAAUUGCUAGAAGACUUUGAGCAACUAUAAAUGAUAAAGUGUUUAUAAGCAUAGUCAGUAUGACACAGAAACCAAUCUUAAAAUUGAAUUUAAUGUUUUAUCAUAUCAAAUUAAAUAUUUUCUCCAAUUCAUGUCUUAUUUUUACUGCAACAAAUUAGAAAGUGGGAACACUUUGAUUAAUGUCUUAAAAUUUGUGGGCCCUCAUUUGGAUAAAGGCAGCAAUCCUAAGGACUUUCUUUUUUUUUUUUUUUUUUUUAAACAUAAUCUGAGAAUUUCUCUGUACAGCAGAGACUUUCAAACCUUUUGGCUGUAACCCACAGUAAAAAACGCAUUUAUAUCAAACCUUAGAAUAUGCUUAAUGAACAAUACUUACCAUUCUGAUGCUUUUUAUUGUUUCAGUUUUUAAAAUAUGCCAAUUGCAACCCACUAAAUUGAUAUUUACCAAUGGGUUGCAACCCUUACCUUGAAAAAAAACGCCCUCACAGAAGAACUGGUAUUUCUUGAAUAUCUUCUGUUUGCUAGGCACUUCACCAGGCAUUUUACAAGUAAGGAAACUGGGCCUCAGAGAAAAUAAUUUGCAGAGGUUUACUCAACUACAAAGGGGUGAAGCCAGGAAUGUUAACUAGGUCUGUUGAGCUACAAAAACUGUUUUAUGUCUCUCAGACUAUACAGCCUCUAUACAAAAUUGAGAUGGGGGUCGGGGGCAGGGGCUCGUGCCUGCAAUCCCAGCACUUUGGGAGGCAGAGGCCAGAGGAUCACUUGAGCCCAGGAGUUUGAGACCAGCCUGGGCAACAUAGUGAGACUCUGUAUGAAAAAAAUUAAGAAUUAGCUGGGUGUGGCAUAGCACACACCUGUGGCCCAGCUACAUGGGAAGCUGAAGUGGGAGGAUCACUUGAACUCAGGAGCAGCCUUGGUAACAGAACAAGACCCUGUCUCAAAAAAUAUAUAAAAAAAAAGGUGGGUCAUCCAUUCUGCUUUACCAAACAGGCUUUGAAAUGACACAUUCCGUUCGUUUGCAUCUUUUUAAAAAACUUCUGAUUCCUUACUGAGUGUCCAGCAGCUUCAGAGUUUUUAAUGGUAGCUGAUGCAGACAUAAACAGUGCUCAAUUUGGCCCUUAAACUAUAAAAUCAAGAAAGAGUAUUUCAAUCCCAUCCACCUGCCUGCAAGUUUUCUUAAUGUUCACUGGUUAUAACCAUUGUUUAAACAGUGCUUUUUGUGUAAUUUAAAAAUAAACUUUAAUGCUUUUAAAAA